UUUUGUUGCACAACCUGUAGCAAAGUGGUUAGCGAAGCAAAAACUAGCGAGCUAACGUCGCAUCAUCAAGCUCGAUAUGCCCGCCCAUCGCCUGUAACAUCACUCAGUGAAAGCACAGGCUGUUGUGAUGUCAGAGCCAAAGUCCCCUACUCCGACCCCUGGAGACACAUACAAGGGUUGGCUCUUCAAAUGGACAAACUACAUAAAAGGUUACCAAAGACGCUGGUUUGUUCUCAGCAAUGGCUUGCUCUCUUACUACAGGACUCAGGCUGAGAUGGGUCACACAUGCAGAGGCACCAUUAACUUGGCCACAGCCAAUAUUGCUGUGGAAGAUUCGUGCAAUUUUGUGAUUUCUAAUGGAGGGGCACAGACCUAUCACCUGAAGGCCAGCUCCGAAGUAGAGCGCCAGCGAUGGAUCACUGCUUUGGAACUUGCAAAGGCGAAGGCUGUCCAAAUGCAGGCGGAAUCUGAUGACUCAGGUGAUGAUUUCCCUGCAGUCUCGCCAAACUCAGGACAGGGUGGAGAGUGCCGUAACACAGAAAUCCAGUCUACAUUACGCACACUUAACAGUAAAGUGGAGGAUCUUGCCACCUGCAAUGAUCUCAUUGUCAAGCAUGGGUCUGCUCUCCAACGGUCUUUAUCAGAACUUGAAGGACUUCGUGUCGCAGUGGACAUGGGAGAAAAGGUCAAACAAGUCACAGAGAGAGCCACGCUGUUCCGAAUCACAUCCAAUGCCAUGAUCAACGCAUGUAGAGACUUCCUUUCCAUGGCUCAGAGCCACAGUAAGCGCUGGCAGAAGGCCUUACAGACUGAAAGAGAACAGAGGAUACGUCUGGAGGAGACUCUGGAGCAGCUAGCCAAACAGCACAACCACCUAGAAAGAGCUUUCAGAGGAGCAACAGUUCUCCCCCCUUCAUUCAGUAAUCCUGCCUUAGGAAACAAAGGGGGUGUUUCAGGGAAAGCCGAUGCCAGUGACGAGGAUGAUGACAAUGAGUUCUUUGAUGCUAUGGAGGAGCCAGCAGAGUUUAUUACUGUCCCCGCUGACCCCAAAUAUCACAGGAGAUCUGGCAGCAACAUCAGUGGGAUCAGCAGUGAGACUGGAACGGAUGAUCAGUCGGUAAAUUUUGAUGAACUUUCUUUGGCAUCAAACCCAGAGUCUCCACAGCCGCUGGAGCUGGAGCCAGUUAGGCAAAGGCGAACUCGUAUCCCGGACAAACCAAACUAUUACCUCAAUCUGUGGAGCAUCAUGAAGAAUUGUAUUGGAAAGGAGCUCUCAAAAAUACCAAUGCCUGUGAAUUUUAAUGAGCCCCUGUCAAUGUUGCAACGUCUGUCUGAAGACCUGGAGUACUACGAACUCCUUGAUAAGGCUGCAAAGUCUCAUAGCUCUCUAGAGCAGAUGUGUUAUGUGGCAGCCUUCACAGUGUCUUCCUACUCCACCACAGUCCACCGCACAGGAAAGCCCUUCAACCCUCUGCUCGGAGAAACCUUUGAGCUCGAUCGGCACAGAGAGUGUGGUUAUCGCUCUCUUUGUGAACAGGUCAGUCACCACCCACCUGCCGCAGCCCACCACGCCUUCUCUGAAAAGGGCUGGACCCUCAGACAGGAGAUAACACUAGCCAGCAAGUUUAGAGGGAAAUAUCUCUCUAUCAUGCCUUUGGGUUCUAUUCAGUGUAUAUUUGAAAAGAGCAACAAUCACUAUUCUUGGAAAAAAGUGACCACAACAGUUCACAACAUUAUUGUUGGGAAAUUGUGGAUCGAUCAGUCGGGAGAGAUAGACGUGGUGAACCACAAGACAGGAGAUCGCUGCCACCUCAAGUUCGCUCCCUACAGUUAUUUUUCCAGAGAUGUACCGAGAAAGGUAACAGGAGUAGUAACAGAUAAGGAUGGAAAAGCGCAUUAUGUCCUGUCAGGAACGUGGGAUGAGAAAAUGGAGUUUUCCAAAAUUAUGCAGAGCAGUAAAGGUGAAAAUGGCACUGAAGGCAAACAGAGGACUGUCUAUCAGACACUCAAAGCCAAAGAAAUCUGGAGAAAGAAUCCGUUACCGGAGGGAGCAGAGAACAUGUACUACUUCUCCUCUUUGGCUUUGACUCUCAAUGAACCCGAAGAGGGAGUUGCGCCAACAGACAGUCGGCGGCGACCUGACCAGCGGUUAAUGGAGGAAGGCCACUGGGACGAGGCCAACGCAGAGAAACAGCGUCUAGAAGAAAAACAACGCAGCACCCGUCGAGAAAGAGAGAGAGAAGCUGUGAAAGCAGCCAGCUCACCUGAGGAAGCUGAUGCAAAAGAGCCUGCUCCUGCUUCAAGUGAGAUUUCUGAUGAAAGUGCCCAUCCAGACACCUACCAAGCAUUGUGGUUUGAGAAGAUAGAUGAUCCUGUGUCCGGAGAAACGUUGCACAUCUACAAGGGGGGUUACUGGGAAGCUAAGGAGCAAGGGAACUGGGAUAUGUGCCCUGACGUGUUCUGAGCACAGCUGAACAAUUUCCCCACUGAGGUGUACAAAUGACACGAUCGUUAGAGGGACCCCUUUUUCCUAUCACAUUAAUUAGGAAAUCCAGUUUGACAUCAGCCUAGCCCGUCAUCUGACCAACCUCCUUCAGCCCCUCCGUUCAGCAGGAUCAAGGUCAGCUGGACUUCGCGUUCAAGUACACACGAUUGCCUGUGUGGCAUUGUAGUCACCCUGCAGCUGUUUGGUGUUCCUCUCACUGCCUCUCAAACCCUGAAGUUUAGCUUGGUUUUGGUCCACAGCUUCUUCCCAGUCCAGGGUUUUCUGAUCCAGCCUUCAGGUUGCAGUUUGCAGCAGCUCUUUCUGAAAAUGUCAUUCUGCAGUUUCUUUGGAUGAGCUAUUGUUGGAAGGGUUAUUGACCCAGAUGGUACCUUUCGAUAUGAAAGGCUUGCUCUGAUAGGUUGAGGUACUACCUAACAUGGUUAAUGUAUGUUUUUCUGCAACAUUCCUGUUUGUUUUCCAAAUACUCCAAAGCCUCCUCAGCACAAAACCACAGCAAGUUAAAGUUAAAUCACAUCCUUUUAUAAUUCCCACAGUAAUAUCCACAUUAGCAUUUUCAGGCCACAAGUUUAGCUUUUGGCAUUUUGGAGAUAAAUGAACGUAUAUUCGAUACAGAGACACAGAGCCAGACUGAUAUAGGAUUUCUAAGACUGAUAUACUGGCCUAAAUUUGACACAGUGACCUUUUAAUUUUCUUUUUGGGCACAUAAACACAUUUCCUUAACAUUUGUUACAUGUAUUUAUUUAUCUACUGGUUUACGCUCUGCCUGACUCUGCUCAGAGCAGCUGGUUGUGUUUCAAACACAGUGUAGCCAACAGGGAAGUGGACAAAGCGUAACAUCAACAAUCAGAAUAUUCCUUGUGUUUCUGUGUUCUGCAUUUCAUUCUCAUUUAUAGGUCAUUCUAAAUGCCAAUACUGACAAAUCGGCAGAUAGCCGAUAUAUCAGUCGGCCUCUAAUGCAGAGUUUGCCUUUGAAUUUAUAGUGAUUUGUGGUGCUGCUUCAACCCCUGAAACAACAACUAUGGAGGUAUAAUAUAGUUAUAUACUAAGACUUUUUAAAAAUGGUUUGAACUGUCUUAUUUUCCCCCAUUCUAAUACUCCUCCUACGCCCUGUAAAUACACAGCAAAGAUCCAGAAGUAUUUAUUAUAACUGUGCUGUCCCGCAUAUAAAACCUGAAUAUGGCUUCAUACAUCGUUCAUUUCAUACUACAGGAGUAGUAGAGUACUACUGAAGUGGCAGUUACUGUUGCAGAUGCAUUUUUAGGUUGUCUGUGUCUGUGGUCAAUGGUCACAGUCACUUAACCUCAGAGAAUGCUCUUUUUGGGGGGGCUUUGCUCAAGAAUUGAAACAACAGCUAUGACAUUUGCAUUUGUGACAUUUGCAUUGGGGAAAACUGCCCCCCUUCUCAAAGCUGAUAAAUUUCAGAUGUAUUUUUCUAAUUUAGCUUUAAAAGUUUCACUCCUGGUUUCACAGUAGAUGUGGAGGCCAUCCACGUGAGUUUGUGACUAAAUUUAAAUCAGCAGAUCUGCGCGCUGAGUUGUCACGGAGCUGCGUGGAGUUUACUGCUAACUCGAGGAUUUGCAAACUGAGGGCAUUUGAAGCGAGUGGUUUGGCCUUUGUGGUUAACUUCAGACUUAGCGAGCAUAGCUUUAAUCUUGAUUACAAAUAUUUGUGUGCUGUGAGUUUAGAUUUUCUUUUUUGUUUUGUUUUUUAAAAUAGCAAUAACAGUGCCUCUGCUCCUACAAGAGGCACAAAUUGAAAUGCGGGGGUAGCGUUGAGCAAGAACACUAAAGCUGCACAAACCGACUUUUGUCUCGGUCUUUGCUGUUGUUUGUCUCAAGGUGGUGGACUGUACAGGUGAUAGAAAGUUUUAAUCAAUGUCAUAUUAAAGUGUACUUAAAAUAAACUCUACGAACGAAGACGACAAAAACAGCGCUAGAAAAUGAUUUCUGUGUGAAUACACCAAAUAGUGAAAUAACUGUGAUCAUAAGUAGUUGUGUUGAUGAAGAAUAUAAAAAGAGUGAUGCACUUUUAAAGUUUUGUUUUGGGGUUUUUUGUGUUUCAUUAUCAUUGUUUACUCCAUAUGAACAUAGUUUCAUUUUCUGAAUUGAGGGCACCGUGUUACAACAUGUAGCUCUUUAGCAACCAAGUUAGCUUUCAGUUUCAGUCUUUAUUUGUUUUCUGCCACCGUCAUCUUCAUCGAGGCUCUGCGAGCCAUUUAAAAACACUUCUUUAUAGAAUAGGUUUACAGAUUUGUGUCCUCUGUUGUUUUUAUUACAUGUAACAUUUCUGUUUCUGUGUUUGUUUGAAUUGUGUGGUUCUGUCAUUUCAUCUUUAUGUUUCUAGAUUUUUUUUUCUGUCGGUUUCCACCAGUUUCAUCACUUUGUUCCAGCUAGUGUGUUUUUCCUCCCUUUUUUCUGACUGUCCCCGUCUACAACUGUCCAAAGCUCCAGAAAUCUGAGCUCUGACUGAAUUCAGACUGAAUUUUAUUACUAAAUGGUCAGAUUUUGAUGUUGGCUAUUGAGAUAUUUGUGUGAGCUUGUUCUGGAAACUUUUCCUAAACCAUGUUCAAUAAAAUAUGAAAUGAAUUACAAUUCUAA